CAUCUCGCAGGCUGGCUGGUUGCAACGGGAGCUGUCCUGCCCGCCAGCCUCCUGAAACCGCCUGCUUCUCUCUUUCUCCCCACCAUGUAAGAGCGAUGAGAGACCUUCCCCCAGCCCCACCUUUACAAUGGAGGAAGAUUUAUUCCAGCUAAGGCAGCUGCCGAUUGUCAAGUUCCGCCGCACAGGAGAAAGCACCCGUUCAGAAGAGGAUGCCAUAUCAGGAGAGCAUGAAGUCCAAAUUGAGGGUGUCCAGACAGAAUUAGAAGCUGUAGAGUUGGAAGAUGGAGGAAUUGUGCCGAAGGAGUUUGCCAACCCAACUGAUGAUACUUUCAUGGUGGAAGACGUGGUGGAAGCUAUUGGGUUUGGCAAGUUCCAGUGGAAACUCUCCAUCCUGACUGGCUUAGCAUGGAUGGCUGAUGCCAUGGAAAUGAUGAUUCUGAGCAUCCUUGCACCUCAGCUUCAUUGUGAGUGGCGAUUACCCACCUGGCAAGUUGCGUUGCUCACAUCGGUGGUUUUCCUGGGAAUGAUGUUUAGUUCCACACUGUGGGGAAAUAUUUCAGACCAAUAUGGCAGAAAAACCGGCCUGAAGAUCAGCGUGCUCUGGACAUUGUACUAUGGAGUCCUUAGUGGAUUUGCACCAGUUUACAGCUGGAUCUUGGUCCUGAGGGGCUUGGUGGGCUUUGGGAUUGGAGGAGUCCCCCAGUCGGUAACGUUAUAUGCAGAAUUCCUCCCCAUGAAAUCCAGAGCAAAAUGCAUAUUGCUGAUUGAGGUCUUCUGGGCCAUCGGAACUGUCUUUGAAGUCCUCCUUGCGGUGUUUGUGAUGCCCACCCUUGGCUGGCGUUGGCUGCUCAUCCUUUCCGCCGCCCCCCUUAUGCUGUUUGCCAUCUUGUGUUUUUGGCUGCCAGAAAGUGCACGAUAUGAUGUGUUAACCGGCAACCAAGAAAAGGCCAUUGCUACGUUGAAGAGGAUAGCUACUGAGAAUGGUGCUCCAAUGCCCCUGGGGAAACUGAUUAUGUCUAGGCAGGAAGAUCGAGGGAAAAUGAGGGACUUAUUCACGCCACAGUUUAGGCUGACAACACUUCUGCUGUGGUUUAUCUGGUUCUCCAAUGCCUUUUCUUACUAUGGUCUUGUUUUGCUAACCACGGAGCUUUUCCAAGCGGGAGACCUCUGCAGCUUAUCUAGCAGGAGGAAAACAGUAAAAGCAAAAUGCAGCCUGGCGUGCGAAUUUCUGACAGAAAAGGACUACAUCGAUCUGCUCUGGACCACGCUCUCUGAGUUCCCAGGGGUCCUCGUGACCUUGUGGGUGAUCGACCGGAUUGGCCGCAAGAAGACGAUGGCGCUCUCCUUUCUGGUCUUUGCCUUUUGCAGCCUCCUGCUCUUUCUCUGUGUCGGAAGGAAGGUGCUCACCGUGCUCCUCUUCGUCGCCAGGGCCUUUAUUUCCGGAGGAUUUCAGGCUGCGUACGUUUACACCCCAGAGGUUUACCCAACAGCCACGCGUGCCCUGGGCCUCGGGACAUGUAGUGGAGUAGCCAGAGUUGGUGCCCUCAUCACGCCCUUCAUUGCACAGGUGAUGCUGGAGUCUUCGGUCUAUUUGACACUGCUGGUUUAUAGUGGGUGCUGCAUCUUGGCAGCCCUGGCCUCCUGCUUGCUGCCCAUCGAAACCAGGGGCCGCGGCCUGCAGGAAUCUACCCACAAGGAGUGGGGGCAGGAGAUGUUUGGGCGUGGCGUCCCCCAAUCAAACUCUGGCUCUCAGGGCUGAUUGCCCAACCUGGAGGAAGUCAACACUCCCAAUGCCCGAGAAGUGCAAUAUCUUGUUACCAUCCUGUGGCCCAAAGAAAGGAUGGCCAACCUGUCCUGGAUCCUUUGUUGCUUGCAUCCGCACCACCCCCAAGUGCAAGGAGAGGCAUUCAAUCUGGGAUAUGAAAGUGUGUGUGCGCGUGUGUGUGUGGAUUGAGGAGGAACAUGAUAUAACCAUGGAAGGAACUGGCUCCAAAUUUCUGCUAAGUUUUUCAUGGUGGACAUGGACAACAUGAAAACCAGGCUUAGUUUUUGUUGCCAAGUGAGUCUUUCCAUGUCACACAAGCAAGGACCAUGCCUUCACACAACUCAGAGGACUCCAUUCUUCACAAGAUGUCCCAUGUCUUCAACCCUGAGAAGCAAACGGGUUCAUAUGUGCGCGCACUUAUUCCUAGCGUAGCUCACAGGCAGUCAUAGAUGCUUGUGAAUUGAUCAUCAGCCUUGCACUCUUUCAAUCACCAUGAACUACCAAGGCCCACCAACCUUCACCGAUUUAGCUGAGCCUCCUUGGCAACUGGCAUUGUGAGGGUAGACAGGCACUCCGAUAAAUGCUGUUCCUUUGGAGAGCUUCCUUGGAUAGUGAAGCGCAUCCUGCAAAAAAGGAAAUGCAUUUGGAAGCACAGCAUGUGGUUAUGGCUGCCUGUCUCGAAAGGGAGAUUGUGCAGCAGGAAAAGGUGGCAAGAUGAUCCAAAGACUGGAGUGUUGUCCUUAUGAGGUAACUAGAGGAGAAAACAUGUAUAUGUUUGUGAAGUGAGGCAUGGUGUGAAAAUAAC